AUGAUGGACCGUCUGCGCAUCGUCCCCGCCUCGCCCUCAUAUUUCACUGGCAAGCCCGACUUCACCGACGACCUGCUGAACCUCGAGAACCUCUUGCGCAAAUACCAGACCCUGCCCGUACUUCCCACCGGACAUGCUCCCCGUGUCGCAUGGAAGACUCUGGCUCAGUACAAGGUCAACAGCAACGAGCCCGUCAAGGCCGCUCGUUACACAAAGAUCCUGCAGGUCCUGCAACGAUUGAACUACAUCCACCCCAACCUCAUGCCGGAAGAAGUCGCAACUGCCCUAAGACGCUACAUGCGUGACGUCCAGCCAUUCCACAACCAGCCCAAGCCCGGUGUUGUUGACGAGUACGGCCGCGCUAGAGGCGUCGGCAGGAGAAAGAGCAGUAACGCUGUUGCAUACCUGGUUGAAGGUGAAGGCGAGGUUUUGAUCAACGGCAAGCCCUUGACUCAGGCCUUUGGUCGUCUACACGACCGCGAGAGCGCUCUCUGGGCUCUCAAGGUCACCGAGCGCAUGGACAAAUACAACGUCUGGUGCGUUGCUAGAGGAGGUGGUACCACUGGCCAGGCCGAUGCCAUUGCUCUGGCUGUGUCCAAGGCUUUGAUGGUUCACGAACCGUUGCUCAAGCCCGCUUUGAGGAGAGCUGGUGUUGUCACAAGAGACCCCCGUCGCGUCGAAAGAAAGAAGCCCGGAAAGGUCAAGGCCCGCAAGAUGCCUGCCUGGGUCAAGCGUUGA